AUGUCACUGUACUACGAUGCAGCACCUCUACUGCUGCCCAACUCAGAUCAAGCAGGCUCAUUGAAAUCCCGCGUCUUCAACUCCAAAGGCCACAAGUCACCCCCAAAGCAGAUCUUCGCUCUGGUGACCGAGGCAUCAAAAUGGAGCCCAGUACUAUCCGAGGUUAUUGAAAAAUCUCGGCUCCUGCAGUUCGAACGAAAGCUGACUCCAAACCUUGCUCUACUACUGGUCCAUGACCUCCUUCUUGCUAAGCGGGGUAUCUCUGCUCCAUCAUCGCACCCCCUACGGCUUGCCGUUGAGAGACACAAGGCUCGGCUCCAUGCAGAGCUCACCAAAGCCAGGCUGAGAAAGGGACUUUCGUCUAUCGAGGUUCUGCGGGAACGGAUAGAGGCAAAGGACGGCGGAGAAAAGCGGGCAUACAACGGAAGCGCUGUGGCCACUGGGCUUGAAAGCGAAGCUGGGUUUGGGGAGUGGCCUCAUCCUCGAUGGGUGCGAGUCAAUACGAUCAAGUCCGACUUGGAUGAGCAACUUAAAACUACAUUCGCCGGCUACAAGACCGUUCAGUCUCUGGAAGAACUGCUGAGAUAUCACCCGUCUUCCGCGGAGAAGCUCAUACAUGUCGACAAGCAUGUACCAAACCUACUCGCUUUGCCGCCUGCUACAGACCUAUCCAAGACCCCUGCCUACCUCAACGGACACAUCAUACUACAAGACAAAGCCUCAUGCUUCCCUGCCUAUCUACUCUGCCCUAAAUUUGAAGAUGGUGGUUGCUUGGACGCUUGUGCUGCUCCGGGAAACAAGACUACGCAUCUUGCUGCCAUCCUACAUGAUGGAGGUCGAGCUGCAGCAAUACCCAACAUUUACGCUUACGAGCGGGAUAAGGGUCGGGCUUCAACCUUAUUGACGCUCCUUCAAACGGCUGGCGCUCAGGACCAUGUAAUAGCAAAGGUAGGGCAAGACUUUUUGAGGACUGAUCCGGCGAAGACCCCCUGGGACAGCAUUGGUACACUUCUACUUGACCCGAGCUGCUCAGGUAGUGGGAUCGUAGGGCGCGACGAAACUUUGAAUGUCCUCCUCCCUAGCAAGGAGACUAGCGGUUUACUUCCCGUGCAAUCCAAGAAGCGGAAGAGGAAACCCACCGUCGACACAACCCUGAAUGUCCACGACGUAUCAGAAGAGAUUCCAAUUCGAGAAGACAAGCCGUCAGACCAGCUCUCAGGUCGACUUACUGCAUUAUCAACGUUCCAGCUUAAGCUCCUCCUGCACGCCUUCCACUUUCCAAAAGCUCGCAGGAUCACGUAUUCCACCUGCUCCCUCUACGCAGAAGAGAAUGAGCAUGUGGUAAUGAAGGCACUACGCUCCUCAAUUGCCCAAGAACGAGGCUGGCAAAUAUUACGAAGAGAGGAACAGAUUUGUGGAAUGAAGAUGUGGAAGAUGAGGGGCAAGGUAGAGGCAUGCAUUGACAUUGCUAUGGAUGAGGAGAUUGACAUGGCAGAGAUCGCCGAAGCCUGUAUUCGUUGUGAGAAAGGCACCAAAGAGGGUACCCAAGGGUUCUUCGUUGCGGGAUUUGUGAGACAGGUUGAAAGUCCCGGAACGGACCAGCUGAUAGAUCAGGAGUGGGAAGGCUUCAGCGAUAGUAGCAGUGCCCCUUAA